AUGGACCCGUCCGAAGUGACGGUAUUGGUUGUAGAAGACGACGAGUUUACCCGCAUGGCCACUAUUGAUAUACUGAAAUCCUGUCGUUAUACAGUUUUUGCAGUAGAAGACGGACAACAGGCACUGGAUCUAUUAGUGACCAAUCAUGCUAAAUUUGACUUGGUCUUGUGUGAUGUGAUGCUGCCUGUCAUGACGGGUAUUGAGCUCCUGGAUGGAAUUCAAAAGCUUAGUGCUAUACUUGGUCAUAUUCCUAUCGUUAUGACAUCUAGUAAUGAAGAAAUGGACGUUGUUACAUCCUGUUUAAGUAAAGGAGCCAAGGAUUACCUUAUUAAGCCGAUUCAAGUAAAUACAGCCAAGACACUUGUACGUCACGUGUGGCUCAGUCGUCGUCUUGAACGUACGUCGAAUAAAAGCAUGUGGCAAGAUAUUGAAGUCAUUCGUACGAUUGGAAAAGGCACACACGGUACUGUCGUCUUGGCACGACGUAAUUUGGACCGAGCUGUGGUCGCUGUCAAGCGCGUACGGAUCUCACAGAUUUCAGAGAAUGGCCGCAAACAAGCGGAUAAUGAAGUGAUUUUACUCAAGUCGCUCUAUCAUGUGAACAUUGUGCGGUUUUACGACCACUUUUUAGCUGAUGACGAGCUCAAUAUCGUCAUGGAGUACUCGGAUGGUGGCAAUUUACGUCAACUUGUAAAGUUGCGCUCGCGUGAAAAGAUGGGACCCUUCCCAGAGCCUGUUAUUAUGAGCUGGUUUGCCCAGCUUGUGCUGGCGGUGGCUUAUAUUCACGGUAAGAAUGUGCUUCACCGUGACCUGAAGGCGCAGAACGUCUUUCUUACGCACAAGAAUGUGGUGAAACUUGGUGACUUUGGUAUUUCCAAGGCCUUGGCCGGAGAUGAUACAGCGAACACGGCGUGUGGUACGCCCGAAAGCAUGUCACCUGAAAUAUGCCGAGGCGAGCCGUACGGCAAAAAGUCAGACAUUUGGUCACUUGGAUGCAUUUUGUACGAAAUGAUCAUGCUGCGACGCCCAUUUGAGGCUUCUACGCUUCCGGAAAUCUUUACUAAAAUUUGCAAAGGCGAGUUUCCGCCAAUUUUGCCUUCGUUCUCGCGUGAGUUGCGUCUCCUCGUGCAGCUGAUGCUGCAGCAGGAUGCGUCAAAGCGUCCGUCAAUUGAAGAUAUCUGUCGCUUCCCAUUUGUGCAAGCGCCCAUUCAGACUUUCUUGUCCGAGCAUGUAUCGGAGUUCCAAGAGGCGUUGGAGCUCGAGGCCAAGUUGCACCAGCCUUCUCUGUAUAGCACGGGUGUAGACAAUCCGCCACUUUCGCCUGCGUCGCCAAGUCUGCGUCGUCGCAACUACAACAGUGGCGGCGAAAUGCCAAGUAACGGGGUUCAAGACUCACUUCUAGAGUCGCCUUCUCCUAUUUCGGCUCGUAGUGAUGGAUCGAACAAUGCCGGAUUCAACAAUGGCAAUUUGCGCAGUUCCGCGAUCGCCUCUGUCGCUAUUGGACUUGCUGCCGAAUCGGUGCCUACUUCUGGCCGCCCACCGCGAAACAGUGACUUAGCAAAGAAUUCGGCGGACUCUCCAGGAUAUGUAGAGGAUACUUUUGCUGACAAGCUGCGUGCACAAGUCACUAUUGGCGAUGUUCGUGUCGGACUUUUCACUACCUACACGGCGUGUAUUGCUGCGAGUGAGCUAGUACGUGUUUUGAAGACAAAUUUUGAAAAGACAGAUAAGGAGGCCGCUGCUAUUCUGUCCGAGUAUUUGAAGAAUCGUGUCUUGAACAUCGUUUUUGCGGAAGAUAUGUCGCAUCCGGACUUAACUGCUCAGGGCACAUAUUUGCGUUUCCAAGUCGACGAGCUGUUCGUUCCAUUGAACAUGAAGUAUGUUUGUGUUGAAGAUGUUCAGCAAGGUGCCAUGGAAGUCUGUCUUCGUGUUCGUGAAGCAAUAGCAGAACUUCAUGCACUCAAGUCUUUCCCGCGCGGAAUUGCCACCGGGUAUAGCCUUCCAAACCAUGUGUCCGUGACGGGAAGUAGUGCGACCGUAUACUUUGACGCCCCUCUUUGUCAAAAGUAUCGUCGGUUCUUGAAGCUAGCCUCGAAGUUGCAAAAGGUGGACGUCGGUAGUCUUCCCAAGCACGAACGUCAGCCGUUCUUCAUUAACAUUUACAACGCUAUGGUACUUCACGGUCUCAUCGAGUUUGGUGUGCCACAGAACAUUGGCCAGUACAAGGCUUUUGAGAGGGAUGUAGCCUACACAUUUGGCGGUUUCGAAUUCACGCUAGGUGACAUCAAGCAUGGCAUUUUGCGGUGCAAUCGCAAGCCGCCAUCAAACUAUUGGGAGCGCCAGUUGCAGGCUCAGGACCCGAAAUUGCAGUUCCGACUACACAUUCGUGAUCCUCGCUCACUAUUGGUGCUGAUUGACUGCGCGGAACCUCUCCCAAGCGCCGAAGACGUGCCGAUCUUAAAGCCUGGACGAACAGACACAGUCCUGGAAGAGCAGGCGGAAAGGUUUUGUGAGCGAUUGGUAGAGAUAAACGAGCGUGCUGGGGAGAUUGUGCUACCGCGUGUGCUUCGUAUCUUCCGUGAUGAUUUUGGGUCCUCGGAAGCUGAAAUGGUGUUGUGGCUGGAACAAUAUAUGGCUAACGCGCCGGCUAACCUAGUGAACUACCGGGUGAGGUAUCAGACGGGCAUUUCAUCGUGA